CAGACAUCAGACGUCAGCCAUCAGUGACAUCUAUCAAGUGUGCCAACAAAUCAGCAAACUCAACCACUAGCCACACAAUGAAAGUUUGUUUCAGUCUAAUGUUCCUUGGCUGCUUGGUCGCCUGUGGCUUGGCCUAUCCCAGUCCAUUGACUGCAAUUGAUGAAGUGCCCUCGCACCUGGAUACGGAUGCAGAUUUGUUGACUUUGGAACCCGAUUGGGAGGCAAUGCCGCAGGACAACUUGCAACGUGUGCGGCGCCAGUUGAAUGUUCAGGGAGGUGGCAGUCCUCGACAGGGCUUCGACUUGAGCAUCAAUGGACGUGCCCCAGUGUGGCAGAGUAACAAUGGCCGGCACUCUCUCGACGCUACCGGACAGUAUUCACAGCAUUUGGGCGGACCCUAUGGCAACAGUCGACCCAAUUGGGGGGCGGGUGCACAGUACACAUUCCGCUUCUAGAGUGGAACAACACACAAGUAAAGCUUAAACAUCAUUAAAUUAUAAACACUUUAAUCAA